AUGAUUUUAAUGAAAGAGUAUGACAGGGAAGGUCUGUGCUUCUAUACAUACUAUAACAGUGCCAAAGGAAUGCAAAUUGAUAGGAAUCCUCAUGCUUCCAUGCUAUUUUACUGGCCUCAUGUUGAUAGACAAGUUCGAAUGGAGGGCAAACUUGAGAAAUUGCCCGUUGAAGCUGCAGAAGCUUAUUGGUAUCAUCGGCCAUUGAAAAGUCGUAUUGGUUCAAAAGUGAGCGAACAAAGCAAGAUGAUUCCAAACAGACAGGUUAGAUCUCUUCACCAUUUGUAA